AUGUCGAAGAUGUUCACGACACUCAUCCUUGCGUCGUUCUUCUCUCUCUUCACCGCCGCAAACCUGCAUCAGCUACCUUUAGGUUCCUCGGAAUUUCCCGUUGAUGAUGACCUGAACCCAACAUGGGACGACGAAUCCUGUACCAUCAGCAGGAGCACAGCUUUCGAAGUGCUCGACGGCCCCAACAGCUUUUCCUCAUCUCCAUCCGAUCCCAUCAACUCGAUCAAGAUCACCCCAAAUAUCAAUAAGACCAACUGGGAACAAUGGGAAUUCGAUGGAAUGUCCCACACGGGCGUUUCCCUCUUGGCGAUAAUGUUCUCACGCGACUAUUCGAUGCACUACUUCGGCAGAGGGAACCUGCGAGUGGACUUUUUUGCCAACACUGGGGACGGCAAGCACCACAAGAUGCUCGAGUACCUCGAAGAAUCUACCAUACUGGACUGUCCUGGCUAUACCUACGGUAUCUGGAAUAGUACGGGUAAAUCGUACUCAUUCUAUACCACCAAGGACCUCAAAUACAGCAAGCUCGUGUUCGAUUCGCCAGGCAUACGCGGCACAUACAAGCUAUCAGCCACCACGCCACCCGUUCACGCAGACGGCUCGACACCAGGUGCAGAGGGCGAGAAUGCAGCAGACGCCGCGCUACUUUCACCCGACCUCUACUACAGCCAGCCUGUCGCUGGUGGCGAGGUGGUCAUGGACAGUGUUCUGGGUUCGGGCCAAAAGCUAUCCUUCAGCGGCAGAGGCGGCUCAACCCGUCUCUGGGCCAAAGACGGCUGGCUUCCGUUAACGGAGAGCUGGGUAGCUUUACGUCUCUGGGCAGGGCCCUACACCAUCGCCUACUGGCACGUGGUAUCACGCGUGGGCGAAGACCUGGGCAAGAAGUUCACCUCCGCCGUUCUCUUCUACAACGACGAGCUUCUAGUAGGCACGCGCGUUGGAGAUGUCUCCGAGACCGAGGACUACUUCUUAGACACGUAUAACAGCGGUGGUGAAUGUGGAGGAUCGUAUCACGACAACAAUACCGGUGGUAUCUUUGAGUUUGUGUCGCCGGCUCGAGGCAAGAAGUGGCAGUUCGAGACCCAGCACAUGCUGAUGUGGUUUGAGCUGGGUAUCGGUGAGGGCCUUGGUAUGAGUGACUUUGCGGACCGUGUUAUUGGCGGCGAGGUUGGUGGACCGCAGUAUGAAGGGCGUGGCUUGACGGAGCAGGCUAAGUUUCCGCUAUACAUUCCUCAGUGGGUUGUUUGGCUCUUGUAUGGCGUGGGGUUCUUGGGAACGAAGAAGGACUAUGCUGUUGACUUUGUCAGGGCUUGGUCACCGUGGUGA